CCCAGCAGGACGGCGCCUCGGGCCGCCCCGCCCGUGCCCGCCGGCGGAGGGCGACCGCGCGACCCGCGGUUCACAAAGGAGCGUGCGGGCGAGCUGGCCCGGCGAAUAGCUGCUCCGCCUGCAGAGCACAGCCGCCCUGCCCUGCCUUUGAUGUCUCGCGACUGAUCGCCGAUCAGAUUACAGGCGUGCUCAGCUCCCAGCUCGCCUGCCUUUGAUCUGCCUGGUGAAUUUCACUUCCCGGGAUUCGAAGUUUACGCCUGGGCUUGUGCGGACACACAUAUUUGGGAAGGUGGAAGCUCCGGGCACGGAGAGGAGGGUUGCCAACGAGAAAAGUUAGCUGCCUGGGAAGGCCGAUCGGCGGCGUCGGAGGAUUCCGCCAGCCUGCAGAACUCUUCGACGUCAGUCCAUUGAACCAGAGCAAUGGCUUUACAAGCGCUGCUGGAACAAGCGAAAGCUCUUCUCACCAUCAUCGUCCUACUGGCCACGUGGUCCUGUAAAGUGAUUGGUGAGACAGGAGACUGCCGACAACAGGAAUUUCGGGAUCGGUCUGGAAACUGCGUGCCCUGCAAAGAGUGUGGCCCCGGCAUGGAGUUGUCAAAGGAGUGUGGCUUUGGCUAUGGGGAGGACGCGGAGUGUGUAGCCUGCAGGCCACACAGGUUCAAGGAGGACGGGGGCUUCCCAAAGUGCAAGCCGUGCCUCGACUGCGCCCUGGUCAACCGCUUCCAAAAGGCCAACUGCAGCGCCACCAGUGAUGCCGUCUGCGGGGUCUGCCUCCCCGGGUUUUACAGGAAGACGAAGCUGGUUGGUUUCCAGGACCUGGAGUGUGUGCCCUGCGGGGACCCCCCACCUCCCUACGAGCCGCACUGCAGCACCAAAGUCAACCUGGUGAAGAUCCCCUCCGCGGCCUCCAGCCCCCGGGACACAGCGCUGGCCGCCGUGAUCUGCAGUGCCCUGGCCACCGUGCUGCUGGCCCUGCUCAUCCUCUGCGUCAUCUACUGCAAGAGGCAGUUUGUGGAGAAGAAACCCAGCUGGUCUCUAAGAUCACAGGACGUGCAGUACAACGGGUCCGAGCUGGCCUGUUUUGACCGACCUGGACUCCACGAGACCCCUCCCCGAGCCUGCUGCCAGUGUCACCGAGAUGCCACCCAGGCCUGUGGGCCUGUGCACCUGCUCCCGUCCCUGGGCCGAGAGGAAGCCUGCAGCGUGGGCCGGGCCCUGGGCUGCCCUGUGCUCUCCAAGGCCGCCCUCCACGACAGGGCGGCAGGUUCUGUGGGGGAGAUGAUCCCCACCUUCUUCGGGUCCCUGUCCCGGCCCGUCGGUGGCGAGUUCUCUGACGCCUGGCCUCUGAUGCAAAGCCCGACGGGCAGCGACAGCAUCUCUUUCUGCGAAUCUUACCCUGAACUCACUGGCGAAGAGCUGGGCGCCCUCCAUCCGGAACAGGAGAACGCCCCCUCGCUGGGUGCCAGCGACAGUCAGGAUUGGGCAGGGGGAGCCAUCCUGAGUCACACCCAUUCUGGAAGCUCUGCGGAGGACCGGUGUGGCUGGUCCAGACCAAGUGACACCGCGGCAGGACCACCGGCUCAGGACUCCCCGCCCUCCAGGUGCCCGACAGAGCAAGAACAAUGGGGAGGCCGUGGACCCAGCCACUGCCCCUUCCCUCCAGGAUGCCUAAAGGAGUCCCUCUCUUCCACAAUUGAGAUGUGAUGUACCUCUGGAAACCCACGAGCCCUCCGCUGCCAAGGCUUAUGGGCCGAGCCGAGUCGGGGCCUCGGUCUGGGAAGGACAGCUCUGUAGGCCUCUGGACCGUCUGCUUCAGAGCCAAGCCAGCUGUACCCCACAGCCCCAAGGAAUGCCGAGACCCAUCAUACUCCUCCUCCCAUCUGAACUAGAAGCUUCUCCUGCUACAGGCCUGGGUCUUGGUGACCGAGGGGUUGAGUCUGCAGCCCGCGAGGUUGGGGACAUCGAACAGGAAACAGACACGUUCCGGGCACCCGCCCACGUUGACCAUGGCUUUCCAGCACCCAGAGGACAGUUUAUCAUUGGCAUUUUCCUGGCAGAGACCGCUCCGCGCCUCCCCCGCCCCCCCACCAUCCCACCCGCAGUUGGCACCCUCUCAGUGGCUGCUGCUGUCCUGCACAAUGGGUUCAGAAGCCGGCGCUUCCAUUUGAUGGCAGCCCUUGGGUCGGCAUGUCAGCUGGUGGGCUUGGGGGCCCCCCGAGGACCUGGUACUGCUGUGACACCCUGGGUUGAUGCGAUGAAACUGACUGAGGAGGGGACACCACUGUUCCAGAAACCACUUCUCCCCGAGCCUCCAUCUUCCCUGCUCGCUGCUGCCAAUGGCCAAGGGGCUGAAUGAGGCCUUGAGCCAGGAAGAGGGCAUCCCAGCCCCUCCCCAGGUUAAAUAAAACCACUCCGUGUAGGUACCCUAGAGACGCGUGUACGAGGAGGAGCCCAUUCAUGUGAAAAUCCGCGGAUGGUGCAAGCCUUUCCCAGGGCCACCCUGGGGGAAUGAGUUAUAAACACCAGGAGUCUCCUCCUUAGAAA